AUGGGGUUAGCAGGACAGAAGGAAAAGCAGCGCAUCAGUCAAGAUCCCAACAACUUGUUCUGGAGUAAAGAUGAAUCCAAAUUCGGCUUCAGAAUGCUGCAAAAGAUGGGUUGGGCUCCUGGAAAAGGCUUGGGUGUCAAGGAAGAUGGCAAGAAGGAGCAUGUCAAGAUCAAGCUCAAGGACAAUACAUUGGGUGUGGGUGCUACAAAGAAGAACAUUGACAAUUGGCUUGGAAACACAGACGCAUUCUCCAGAUUAUUAGCAGACCUCAACUCUCAAACCGCUUCAGAAGCUAGCAGCGUCAAUGCAUCUGAUGCUGAAGAGUCAGCAGACACAGCUGACAAGGAAGAGCAAGACGAAACAGAAGAAAAGACCAAGAAGAGCAAAAAAGAAAAGAAGAGCAAAAAGAACAAGAAGGAAAAGAAGAGCAAAAAGCGAUCCCGAGAUGAUGAUGAGGGAGAAGAGGAUGUUGACAGUGAAAAGAAGAACAAAAAGAGUAAAAAAAGCAGAAAGGAAAAGAAGAGCAAGGACAAAAAGAAGAGCAAAAAGAGCAAAAAGGAAGAGGCACCAGCACCCGUUGUGCUUCGUAAUGCUGCUCGUGCCAAGUUUUUACGUGCAAAGAGAAUGGCAUCCAGCAGUGGAGAUCAAACACGCUUGAACGAAAUUUUGGGCAUCAAGGCACCAAGUGGAUAUCAAACUGUCGAAACCACAUCCACAACAUUCAUGGCAUCUUUCUCUGUAUAA